UCCCCAUACCAUACAUCUGAAAUCUGAACAAGAAAUAUGAUUUACACGUGCUUCGCGCCACUACAAUGCUUCCAUGUUCCCCACCAUCCAACCGUUCGUUUAGUUCAUCCCAACGUCACCUCUCCAACCCCAUCAUCGUUAAUCACAACUAGAAGGGGAGCAUUAUCCACUACUUUAAUCUCCACCACAUUAUUCACGCUGACACCUCCUUCAAAGUCCGCCACCAUACCCGAAUUCUCAGAGCUUCCAAACUCCGGCGGGGUCAAGGCUCUGGACCUUCGCCUUGGUGAUGGUCAAGUACCCGCCGAUGGCGACCAGGUUUCUGUUCAUUACUAUGGAAGAUUGGCAGCAAAACAAGGAUGGCGAUUUGAUUCGACAUAUGAUCAUAAAGAUGAAAAUGGUGAACCAAUUCCUUUUGUGUUCGUGAUUGGGUCCGGCAAAGUCAUUUCAGGGAUUGAAACAGCAGUUAAAUCUAUGAAAGUGGGUGGUGUUCGUCGGGUUGUUAUACCGCCAUCCCAAGGGUAUCAGAGCACGUCACAAGAACCUAUACCACCUAAUAUUUUUGACAGACAGAGACUGUUUACAACCAUUUUUAAUCCAACUCGUCUUGCUAAUGGAGAAGGAUCAACAUUGGGGACUCUCGUGUUCGAUAUUGAGUUAGUCAGCCUGAGGCAUCAAUGAGAUCACCUUUUAUCCCGAGCAGUACUAAUAGAAUUUUACGGCUUAAUUCUCAUGUAUUGCAUAAUUUGAUAUAUAAGUACAUACAGUCCUUGUUCUCCAAGGAAACAAAAAAGGACACAAAGAAAUAUCCUUCCUAAUAAAGGACUCUAAUAUUUACACAAUA